AUGAAGCAAUCCGGAACCAGCGAGCCUAGAGACUUUGAAGAGGACUCGUUACAGGUGGAGGAACAGGUGUUAGGAUUCAUGAUUGCUAAAGCAUUUGCUGUCAACGGAGCCAAGGUAUAUAUCACUGGCCGAAGGUUGGGUGUGCUUGAGAAAGCCGCCGCUUCUGUUACGGGCGUCCCAGGAUCCAUUGUCUCGUACGAAAAUGCUGUCAGGGCUGGGGCAAAGCUCAUUGAAGGAAUCGACGGCAAGCUCGACAUCCUGGUCAACAAUGCUGGAUUCGGCACCUCUUCUCGCGAUCCAGACUUUGCUGCGAAGAAGCUCGGGACGUCAGAUCCUUUCGAACCCGAAAUGGUACAGGGCUGGAUGGAUAUCUUCGCCCUAAACACUAUCGCACCAUUCUUCGUCGUCCAUGCCUUCUAA